UCUAAUAAAAUAUAAUUUUUUUUGCUGUUAAAAAGUUUACGUAAUUUUAAUGUCAUUUUUUGAAAUUGAUCAUUUUUGCUGACUGAAGGAGAGCAUUGAGUUCCAAUUUUAUAUACCGUAAAAGAAAAAUGUUACCUACUUCAAAGUAUACAAGACUUAUUCUUAGAUCUCUAUCAAAUAUAAAACAAAUAAAAACAAAACCAAAUUAUAAUUUGUGAACUUGUUAUAUACAUUUAAAAUAAGCCGUCCUAUAAAUAUGACACCGGGAAUCUGACUGUACAAUUUGCCGCGUAAGCGUGUUCGAUCCUGUCACGCUAAGUACAGGUUCAAACUAGUCAAUUGUUUGUUUCUUGCGAAUCUUGCUUGUAUUUACAUUAGUCUAUUAGUCUACGCCGAACACGUUACAUCUCGUCCCUCGAAACGAUUGUGAUUAUUUAUCGACCUAGAGUAAAAAGUGAAUUAUUUACGAGGUUGAGAAAUUAUUGAUCAUGGAUCCAGUGCAAAAGAAGUAUAAAAACGCUUUGAAGGUGUCCGAAAUUGUAGACUAUCUUCAAGAUAUUGAAGAUUUUAGUGAUGAGGAGUUGAAUGACAUUGAAAUUGCCAUAUUGCCGCCGGAUGCGGUAGAUGAAAUGACUGACAUAGAAGAAGGUCCUGACGACGAUAUGGGAGUUUUGCCAGUGUCUGAUGUAGCUGGUCAAGUGGAAUUUUCGUGCACGAUCGAUAGCGGCGCGGAAAAUCAUCCUACUCAAACCACAUCUCGUACAAGCAGGACAGUCACUUGGCGUAAGUGUGAACCAGUAUAUUCUGAAAUACAGCCGGAAUCUAAUACUGCUAAACAAUGUUUAGAAAAUAUGAUUACGCAGUUGGAAGGAAAGUCAGCGGUAGAAAUAUUCGAAAACUUGUUGUGUGACGGGAUUCUAGAAUAUAUUGUGCACGAAACUGUAUCUUACGCCAAACACUAUAAAAAUGAUUUGAACUUCAAUCUAACUAUAAAUGAGUUAAAAGUCUUCAUAGGAAUUUUGUUUUUCUCUUCGUAUCAUCACUUGCCGCAAAGUAAACUUUAUUGGUGUAGAGAUGAAGAUGUACAUAUUCCAUUUGUUGAACAGGCAAUGUCCCGUAAUCGUUUUGAUAAAAUUAAAUCCUAUUUACAUUUCAAUGACAACUCACAAAUAGAUAAUACUGACAAAGCUUUUAAAAUUCGCCCACUUAUCGAUAAAGCUAAUGAAUCAUUCCGAAAGUUUGGUAUAUUUGAAUCCAAUUUAGCUGUUGACGAAAUGAUCGUCAAAUACUUCGGUCACCAUGGAAUCAAACAAUUUAUAAAAGGAAAGGAUGUUCAAACCUCUGCAAGUCAUAACGAUGGCUUGGGUGCAACAGUGGUAAAGAAGUUGCUUGCAGUUUGUACAGCUCCCAGAGCACAUGUAGUCUACUUCGAUAACUUUUUCAGUAGCAUGCAAUUGUUGAUUGAUUUGAAAUCUCAAGGGUUCAGAGCUACAGGGACAUGUUGGGAACUGUACCCCCCACUUCUGAGGAAGUCUCAACUUCGACCACGCCACGGUUAG